CAUAUCUGAACGGCUCGACUGUCUUAAAAAGUACAGCUUUGAUUAUUAUUGUACGCAAGCACAUCCUGAACAAGACAUGGCGUCAAACUUACUCAGCAAGGAGGACACCCUGGCAAUGAGGAGGAGAUUUAUCGGGCAAUCGUGCAGACUUUUUUAUUCAGACGAUCCUGUCAAAAUUGUCAGGGCAAGGGGGCAAUAUCUUUUUGAUGAGAAUGGCAAGCGCUAUCUGGACUGCAUCAGCAAUGUCCAUCACGUGGGCCAUUGCCACCCCAGUAUUACAAAGGCUGCAGCAGAACAAAUGGACCUUCUGAACACCAACACCAGAUUCCUGCACGACAAUUUAGUCCUGUAUGCAGAUCGCCUGGCUGCCACCCUGCCCGAGAGACUGUCUGUCUUCUACUUUGUCAACUCUGGCUCCGAAGCCAAUGAUCUCGCACUACGCCUGGCCCGGCAGUACACCCAACACAAGGACGUCAUCGUGCUUGACCAUGCAUACCAUGGACAUCUGGUGUCCCUCAUCGACAUCAGUCCUUACAAGUUCCGGAAACUGACAGGACAAAAAGAAUGGGUUCAUGUGGCACCCUUACCAGACACCUACAGAGGAAUAUACAAAGAGGAUGAGCCCAAUCCAGGAAGAGCUUAUGCAAAUACAGUACGAGACUUGAUAGAGGAGGUGCACAGCAAAGGUCGAAAGAUUGCUGCCUUCUUUGCUGAAUCAAUGCCAAGUGUGGGAGGACAACUCAUUUUGCCCCAAGGUUACUCAGCCAAAGUUGCAGAGUACGUACGCGCAGCAGGUGGAGUGUUCGUGGCCGACGAGGUGCAGACAGGAUUUGGCCGCGUGGGGAGUCACUUUUGGGCUUUUCAGUUACAAGGUGCAGAUUUCUGCCCCGACAUAGUGACCAUGGGCAAACCCAUGGGCAACGGGCAUCCACUCGCGUGUGUGGCCACGACAGCGGAGAUAGCUGGAGCAUUCACCGACAAUGGAGUGGAGUACUUUAAUACGUUUGGAGGCAAUCCAGUGUCGUGUGCAAUUGGUCUGGCCGUCCUGGAGGUCAUAGAGAAAGAGGACCUGAGAGGAAAUGCCACCCGGGUCGGAGCACAUCUGAAGGAUUUGUUCACAAAGCUGAAAGCUCGACAUCAAAUGAUUGGCGAUGUUAGAGGCGAGGGUCUUUUUGUUGGAGUUGAGCUGGUCGAAGACAGGCAAAAGAAGACACCUGCCACCAAAGCUGCAGCGGAUGUGGUAAAAAGGCUGAAAGUGGAGGAUCGAAUCUGUGUCAGCACAGACGGCCCCUGGGACAACGUCUUAAAGUUUAAACCCGCCAUGUGCUUCAGUAUGGAGGAUGCUGAGCUGGUGGUGCGGUGUAUCGACCGCAUCCUCACAGACAUGGAAGCCAGCCAAUGACAUGAAACUGGAAUAUGAAGACAUCUUAAAAAAAAAAAAAAAAAAUGUGUUGAGCCUGUACAAAAUGUUUUAAUGUGUUCAGACAUUGCCAGAUGGUCACAUUCAUUAAGUUCAGAGGUAGAGACUAGCAUUUGGCAGAUGAAACAAUCAUUUCUUGUCUGCUGUUUCCUGACCUGACGUCACUGCAUUAGUUAGAAAUUUCAUGUCAAAGGCAACUAUUAAUUGUAGCUUCACUCCUAAAAUGUAAACAUUUGUUGUGUUGAUCUUGUUUUCAUAGGGAUCAGCCAUUUUGCAAUACUGAAAGUGUGCAGAAUCCAUUUGGCUGCAGACAGCUCUACAAUAUCAGCAUUACUGCUUUGAGAAAUGUUAAUUUCAGCUUUUUUUUUUUUUUUUUUAAAUGUCAAUAUAUGCAAGUCAGAUGUCUUUAAAAAAUACUUAGCAAUAUUAAAAAUAUAUGUCUCACAUCAGCACUGCUUAGACAAAUCUAUUCAAUGCACGUGUUAAAGAUAAGCACUUACCAGACCACACUCACACUAAUGUUCAAGUAUCGCAGUUUCACAUCUAGUGGGAUGAAUAUUAACACUGCAGGUGGCGAAGCCCUCUCCCACAGCUUCCCAAUGAGGCAUCCGUCGCGACGUUCACAUUACUCCGGCUAUAUUGAGCAAGCCAUUUAACAGUACAAUAUACAUUUAACAUUAACUUUACAAAUAAUAACAGUAAGGUCCAUUUGUAAUAAACCAAAAGUUUAUUUCUACCAAUUUGCCCAAGACACUAGAGGAAUGAGUAUCCAGUGAGAGAGGGUGUACCCUCUUACAUUUAACAGGCUUGCGUUCAGUUGUGUCACACUAGUAAAGCCACUUAAAAAUUGCAAACACGAAACGGGGGAAGAAACUCCUUAAAAGCCAAAAAAGAAAGGAAAAAAAAUGAUGCUGGUUGUCUUCUACUAGGCCAUCUGCAAACAUUCAUUUAACACGCUUACAAUGAACCUUUGAUUGGUUUCAAUCCCUUAUUUUUGCCUCACCCCACAGCCGAAGCCAUGCAAUUUGCAUCCAACACUCAGCACGGGAGAACAUAACUAAAGAUCUAGAAACACUGAAAGGAAAAAAAAAAACCUAAUUUGUUUUAUUUGGGAGCUUUAAAAGCUCUUGCUGUUUUGUCUGUAAAUCCAGUAGACAUGUAAAAAUACAACCAUACAAUACAUUAGAUUCAAAAAGGUACCAAAAAGUACAGUAAAAAUAACACUUCCGUCACU